AUGCUUAGGAGCAGCAUCUGUGGGAGGAACCUACUGAGAACAACUAGAGUGAGACCUUUUGCCAGUCUUUGGCGAAAUGCUUCCACUCUAACGUUUCUAGAGACAAGUCAGGGUAAAGGUUUGACUCCGUCUUCACUGAGUGUUUUAUCCGCCGCAAAACAGUUGAAGAAUCCGAUUGUGGCCAUACUGUUGGGUCCAGACGCAAAAGAAUCGUCAAGUACGUUGCUGGAAAAGUUUGAAUGUUUGGGACUUGAAAAAGUUAUUGUCGUAGGCGACAAAAGGUUGGAACACUACUUACCAGAGCUUGUGUCGCCUUUACUGAAGGACCUGCUAAGCAAGGGUGACUAUUCACAUUUUGUUAUGGCCAGCAAUUACGUGGGGAAGAGUAUCCUCCCUCGUGUUGCCGCAUUGCUGGACAACCAGCCCGUUUGCGAUGUAGUGGCCAUUAAGGAUCCCAAAACUUUUGUCAGACCAAUCUACGCUGGUAACGCGUUGUCUGUCGUUAAGUGUUCUCAGGAUAAAACGCUAAUAAGUAUCCGUGCUUCAGCGUUUGAACCAGUUACCGCAGGAUCUUCAAAGACGGCCAAAAUUGAGGAGUUAAACUAUGAGCGAACAGAAGAGGUCGAUAUUCGUUGGGAAGGUUGCAAAAUGGUAGAUUCCGAUAUGCCUGAUUUGACCUCUGCCAAGAUUGUUGUUGCUGGUGGUAGAGCACUGAAGGACAAGGAAACUUUUGACUCCUUGUUGGUUCCACUAGCUAAGAAACUACAUGGAGCUAUUGGUGCGACAAGAGCUGCUGUGGAUAAUGGGUUCUGUAACAAUUCUUUGCAGGUUGGCCAAACGGGCAAAAUCGUGGCACCGGACUUGUACAUCGCUGCCGGUAUAUCCGGAGCUGUGCAACAUCUUGCAGGGAUGAAGGAUUCCAAAAUAGUGGUCGCAAUCAACAACGACCCUGAUGCACCUAUCUUCAAGAACGCGGACCUGGGGAUUGAGGGAGACGUUUUCGAGAUCCUACCAGAAUUGACCAAAAAACUGCCUUAA